UCGCCAUAGGCGUUAGAGUUCAGUUGGAGGUGUAGCGUAUGGACACGGUGGUGUCUGUCUACAGGGGCAGUUUCACAGCGGAAGUAGAAAAGCCAAACCUUUAUCUCCAACAGAGUGGUUAAAGAACGAAGUAAGAAACUAAGCCAGUCGGAAUCUGUCACAAUGAAACCCCUGGACUUAUGCUUUAGACUUGUCUGCAGUUUCAUUGCUAUUAGCACAGUCUCUGGAUUCUAUCUUCCGGGUUUAGCUCCGGUUAAUUUCUGCGAAGAGGACAAGAAAACCGAUGACUGUCAGAAUGAGAUCCAGCUGUUUGUAAACCGGUUGGACUCCGUGGAAUCAGUCCUGCCCUACGAAUAUGACGUGUUUGAUUUUUGUAAAGAUGAACAAGAGAAGAGACCCUCAGAAAACCUCGGGCAGGUGCUGUUUGGGGAGAGAAUUGAGACUUCACCUUACAAGUUCAAAUUCAGGAAAGAUGAGCCUUGCCAUAAAGUGUGCACCAAAUCCUAUGAUCCAUCUAAACAUGAAGAUAGAGUUCAUUUGGAAUUUCUUAAGAGAGGCAUGGAGCUGAAUUACCAACAUCACUGGAUUGUUGACAACAUGCCUGUAACAUGGUGCUAUGAUGUGGAGGAUGGUCAGAAGUACUGUAACCCUGGAUUUCCCGUCGGCUGCUUUGUUACCUUGGACGGACGAUCUAAAGAUGCCUGUGUCAUCAGUUCUGAGUUCAACAAGAAAAAUACUUACUACCUCUUCAACCAUGUGGAUAUCACCAUAACUUACCACAGUGGGGAAAAUGAGAGUUGGAAAGGUGCACGGCUGGUUGCUGCAAGACUGGAGCCGAAAAGCAUUAAACACGGUGAGGAAGCCAGCCAGUCAUGUGAAGGGCCGCCCAUGGACGUACCAAAAGAGACCACUGGAAAUCUGAAAGUGACCUAUUCUUAUUCAGUCAAGUUUGAGCCCACAGAUCAGAUCAAAUGGGCUUCAAGGUGGGAUUACAUUUUGGUGUCCAUGCCUCAUAGCAACAUCCAGUGGUUUAGCAUCAUGAACUCUCUGGUCAUUGUGCUCUUCCUCUCUGGCAUGGUGGCCAUGAUCAUGCUGAGAACACUACACAAGGACAUCGCCAGGUACAACCAGGUGGACCAGGCAGAUGUGUUUAAGAUCCACCAACACUCAGGCAUUGCAUAUGAGGAUGCUCAGGAGGAGUCGGGCUGGAAGCAGGUACAUGGAGAUGUGUUCAGACCUCCCCGGAGCGGCAUGCUGCUGUCUGUCUUUCUAGGGCAAGGCACACAGAUUUUCAUCAUGACCUUCAUCACGCUCUUUUUGGCGUGCCUUGGAUUUUUGUCUCCAGCCAACAGAGGAGCCCUUAUGACCUGCGCAGUGGUGCUGUGGGUCCUUUUGGGCACACCUGCUGGCUAUGUUUCAGCGAGAUUGUAUAAAAGUUUUGGUGGUGAAAAAUGGAAAAUAAAUGUUUUAUUGACAGCACUUCUGUGCCCUGGCAUCGUGUUUGCCGAUUUCUUCUUGAUGAAUCUGAUUCUGUGGGUGGAAGGCUCGUCCGCUGCUGUCCCGUUCCCCACACUGGUAGCUAUCCUGGCACUGUGGUUUGGCAUUUCUGUUCCUCUCACCUUUGUAGGUGCAUACGUUGGCUUCAAAAAAUCGGUGAUUGAAUUGCCAGUGCGAACAAACCAGAUCCCACGGCAAAUCCCAGAGCAGUCCUUUUUUACCAAACCUAUUCCAGGCAUCAUCAUGGGUGGCAUCCUGCCCUUCGGCUGCAUUUUCAUCCAGCUCUUCUUCAUUCUCAACAGCAUCUGGUCUCAUCAGAUGUAUUAUAUGUUUGGCUUCCUGUUCUUGGUGUUUAUUAUCCUCCUCAUCACAUGCUCGGAAGCCACCAUUCUGCUCUGCUACUUUCAUUUGUGUGCUGAGGAUUAUCACUGGUGGUGGCGAUCGUUCCUCACGAGUGGAUUCACCGCAGUUUAUCUCUUCAUCUAUGCCGUACAUUAUUUCUUAACCAAGCUUCAAAUCCAAGGAGCUGCCAGCACCAUUCUUUACUUUGGCUACACCUUGAUAAUGGUUCUGAUAUUCUUUCUUUUCACAGGCACCAUUGGCUUUUUUGCCUGUUUCUGGUUUGUAAAUAAAAUCUACAGUGUGGUGAAGGUGGACUAAUUUGGAGAUGUCAGCACUGGACUUUCUGGACAAUGGUGGUGUUCAGCUUCAGCAGACUGUUGAUGGAGAGUUGUCCUUUUUUGCUUGUAAACUAGUUCUAAUGUCAUAAUUCUGUUUCUCUUGUAUGGAAUUUGGUUUGAAUGUUAUGAAUGUGAUUGACAAGCUGGCAA